UGUCCCUAAAGCCACCACUCGCUUAAAUGCACUGAGAGCACGUCAUCUUCCAUUUUGCCCAUCAAAGUCCACCGUCAAAUUUGUUCGAACUCCACAAAUGGCAACCGAAAAUGAUAGUUCCAGGGUCGGAUUCGGAUCCGGAUCUCCCACCGUCAAUGGGGACGUUUCUCCUGAUCGCAAGAUCGCGUUGAUCACUGGCAUCACCGGUCAAGAUGGUUCAUACCUGACCGAGUUCCUCCUCAACAAAGGCUACGAAGUACAGGGCUUGAUCCGCCGCUCUUCCAACUUCAAUACGCAGCGUAUCAAUCACAUCUACAUCGACCCGCACAACGCCCACAAGGCUCGGAUGAAGCUCCAUUACGCUGAUCUCACCGACGCUUCCUCGCUUCGUCGUUGGCUCGACAUCAUCCGACCUGACGAGGUUUACAAUCUGGCGGCACAAUCCCACGUGGCGGUUUCUUUUGAAAUCGCGGAUUACACUGCUGACGUGGUGGCUACCGGAGCCCUCCGAUUGUUGGAAGCUGUUAGAUCCCACAUCGCCGCCACGGGUCGGAGCCAUAUCAAGUAUUACCAAGCUGGAUCCUCGGAAAUGUUCGGAUCCACCCCUCCGCCGCAAUCUGAAGAUUCCCCGUUUCAUCCCAGAUCUCCAUACGCUGCUUCCAAAUGCGCAGCGCAUUGGUACACUGUGAAUUACAGGGAAGCUUACGGGAUUUUCGCCUGCAACGGGAUUCUGUUUAAUCACGAGUCCCCGAGGAGAGGAGAGAACUUCGUGACCCGGAAAAUUACUCGGGCCGUUGGAAGGAUCAAGAUUGGGUUGCAAAGCAAGUUGUUUUUGGGGAAUCUGCAAGCUUCGAGGGAUUGGGGUUUUGCUGGGGAUUACGUAGAAGCUAUGUGGAUGAUGCUGCAACAAGAGAAGCCGGGCGAUUACGUGGUGGCAACGGAGGAGUCGCAUACGGUGGAGGAGUUUUUGGAAGUGGCAUUUGGGUAUGUUGGGUUGAACUGGAAAGAUCAUGUAGUGAUUGAUAAGAGGUAUUUUAGGCCUGCUGAAGUGGAUAACCUGAAAGGGGAUUCAAGUAAGGCUAGGAAGGUUCUUGGGUGGAAACCCAGAGUUGGAUUUGAGCAAUUGGUGAAGAUGAUGGUUGAUGAAGAUAUUGAGUUGGCUAAGAGGGAGAAAGUGUUGGUUGAUGCUGGUUAUAUGGAUGCUCAGCAACAACCUUAAUUUAGAGCUUUUUCGAUGAUAUAGUUGGGUUUUAGAAGAGGGUGUUUAACUUUUUUUUUUUUCUUUUAAGUUUUAUUGUGUUUGAUUCAUUUAAUUCCAGGAAGUUCAUAAUGAUAUCACUCUGAAUUUUCAUUUUGAUCCCAUCACUUCAGUUUGAAGUAAACAGUUAAUGUAUGUUUGAUCAGAAAAUGAAAAUUGUUUGUCUUUUGAUCUGUUGGUGUCACUAGGUUCGGUUGGCCAAUCAUGUAUUUUGGUAUUUGUUGUAUCAUGUGAUGUGUCCGGGCAUGCAUGGCCAAAUAAGCUUUGUGAAAACCAAAAUCUUGUUACCUGGAUACAUUGUCAAUGAAGAUUUAAAUUAGUGAUUCCUGAUUGUUGCUUUGGAAAAAGAUAGUUUUUUUA